AUGGAUUCCGUAUCAACCUACAGCGUCGCCAGCCUCGCCUGGCUAGCCACCCAAGCCAUCCCACUCAUAAUCUGGCCCUCCCUAAUCAGCACCCUCCUCCAAGUCGACAGCCCGCCCCAGCAAGGGGCCCAGUACGGCGCCGCCUACGGCUCUCUCGAACAAUACUUUGCGCGCUCCCUCGGCCUCGCCCAACUCGCCCUCGGCAGCCUGCUGCUCAUCCUCUCGGGCGCCCUCCCGCUCGACUCCGUCGCCGACCAAGCCACCCCAGCCACCACCACCGCCACCCCCACCGGCUCCGCCUCGGCCGCGGUGCUCGUAACCGCGCUGUACCACGCGGCGACGGCGUCGUACGCAUACGCGCGGUACGCCGGCACGGGCGGGCGGCAGUUUGCGUACCUGUGCGGGUGCCUGGGGGGCAGCGGGCUGGCGGCGUUUGGGCUGUGGGUGCUGCUGUUUGCGGGGGACGCGAACCGGCGGGUGAGCCGGCGGACGGGGGCCGACAAGAGCACGAGCGGGUGGCCGUUCCGGAAUGCUGAGGCGGAUAAGAAGAGGGGUAAGGGGGGGGCGAGGCGCCGUGAUUAG